AUGAGUGUGACAACAAUUCCAGAUAGUGUUAGAAGUGAGUUUUUGUUAAUCUUUGAAAGUAAAAAAAUAAAAACAAAUUUCAAUAUGUUCAGCAUUGUUCCCAAAAGAACAAUUGGAAUUUUCUUCUACAAUAACCUCCGACGAAGCUCCGGUUCUUCGAGGAGUUUUUGAAAAACACUCAUGCUUCAGUCAAUGCGGUGAAAUGAUUGAAGAAGUGUCGAAAAAAAAUCCAGAUCUUGGAAAAAGAUUGGCCCAUGUUCUAUCCGAAAACAAUAAACGAUUGAGUGGUUUGUCACCAGCUGCUAAAACUUUUGCUAUUCAAAUUAUUCACAUGGUUACUAAUACCUUGACUAGUUUGACACUUGGAAAACAAAUUGAUGACACUGAAGCUAAUCGGUUACAUCAGGAAUUCAAGAAACUUCCAGCUGAAGAUCAAGCUGCUCUCAAGAAAAAUAAUCCAGAUAUUAGUUUCUAA